AUGGAUGAUAUCCUAGGUCCUGUUCAGGAUGCGUUUGAAGGCCAGAUUGAUUUCCACGGCCAACGCAUCACCGAGAUCCUUUCCACAGCCAUCCUCAUCAUCUCUGGAGCCGCUGCUUUCCUUAUCGGAUACAUCUACCAAGAUAUACAUUUAACGCUCUGGAUUGGAUUAGCGGGUACAUUAUUGACGGCAUUGGUUGUGAUCCCGCCCUGGCCUGUGUACAAUAAACACCCUGAAAAAUGGCUGGUCCCUAGCCUAGGGAACAGUGGUGGCCCAGGGAUCGUGGUUGACGGCGUCAAAGUCGCAUGA